CUGUGAUGCAGGCACAGAUCCAGCUCCCACCGUCAGGCAGCAGCUGCAAGCAGAGGUGGACACAACAAAGGCGGCUGCAGCAGCAGUAGUUUAUUGAACAAAAGCCAGAGCACUGGCAGCGCUUCUGUGGAUUAUAGCCCUCAUCUUCCAGUCUGUUAUUAAAAUGUCAGCAUGAAAACAUUGGUCUGUAACUAUCCGGAAUGCUGACAUAUAUAACUGAGUAUGAGCUGUUAAGAUGGCACCAACAGAUUCUCUGGAACAUGCAAUCCCAUUGUUUUCUCUCUCCCCCUUCUUUGCCAAAUGUCUAGUAGGAACAUUAGCAUUUGUGUGCUUCGCAAACAGCUACAAUGGACGUUUUGUGUUUGAUGACUCAGAAGCCAUCAUCAAUAACAAGGACCUCAGAGGAGAGACCCCAGUUGCUGAUCUGUGGCUACAUGAUUUCUGGGGUACAAAACUCAGUAGCAAUGCUAGUCACAAAUCUUAUAGACCUCUCACCGUGUUAACAUUCAGAAUGAAUUACCAUAUAGCAGGAGGAUUGCAUCCAGUGGGAUUUCAUUUCGUCAAUAUUGUCUUGCAUUGUUUAGUCUCUGUCCUGAUGCUUAAUGUAUUCUCAAUGCUAUUUGGUGGAAUGACAUGCAGCCAUAAAGGCAAACAGAUAACCUAUGCUCCCAAAGCAUCACUGCUAGCUGCUUUGCUCUUUGCUGUGCACCCAGUACAUACUGAAUGCGUUGCAGGGAUUGUUGGUAGAGCAGAUUUACUCUGUGCAUUGUGCGUUGUACUUUCCUUUCUUGGAUACUGCAGAGCUCUACCUGGAAAUAAUACAACCCAUUCUUCUGUGUUUUGGGUGAUGUUUAGCAUUCUUUUGGCUGCAGUUGCCAUGUUAUGCAAAGAACAAGGUAUUACAGUUUUGGGCUUGAAUGCGGUAUUUGAUGUCUUUGUAAUCUGCAAGUUAAACAUUCUGGAAUGUGUCCAGAAGGUACUGCGCAGGGACAAAACAUCAGAGAAUAAUAAGUUCGACAGAAAGGGACUAUUUGUAAGGAUCAGCCUUUUGGUGUCUGGUGGUAUAUGCAUGCUUUAUAUACGCUGGCGUAUAAUGGGCACCGGACCACCUGCUUUUACUGAAGUAGACAACCCAGCCUCUUUUGCGGAUAGCCUGCUUGUGAGAGUAAUAAACUAUAAUUACUACUAUUCCUUGAAUGGAUGGCUGCUGCUGUGCCCCUGGUGGCUGUGCUUUGAUUGGUCAAUGGGCUGCAUACCUCUUAUUAACUCUCUUAGUGACUGGAGAGUAAUUGCACUAGUAGCUCUUUGGUUCUGUCUGCUUGGCUUAAUGUACCAAGCAUUAUUCUCCAAUAAUGCACAAAAGAGAAGGAUGCUGACCUUGGGAUUAGGCUUCCUCAUCAUUCCUUUUCUUCCUGCAAGUAAUCUGUUUUUUCGAGUUGGAUUUGUUGUGGCUGAAAGAGUCCUGUACCUACCAAGUGUUGGUUACUGUGUGUUGUUUACCUAUGGAUAUAGUAAGAUCUGUAGACUUAUUAAAAACAAGAAACUUCUAAGCGCUGCAAUACUUGGAAUUAUGGUUAUGAACGUGGUUCGCUGUAUAUAUCGUAGCAAUCAGUGGAAAUCAGAAGAGCUGCUUUUCCGGAGUGCAAUUUCCGUUUGUCCUCUAAACGCAAAGGUACAUUACAAUGUGGGUAAAAAUUUGGCAGACAGAGGAUACCAAACAGAAGCCAUAGAAUUUUACAGAGAAUCUGUAAGGCUGAAUCCCAAAUAUGUGCAUGCAAUGAACAACCUUGGAAACAUACUGAAAGAGAAGGAUCAGCUUCAGGAAGCACAACAACUCCUCUCACGGGCUGUCUCUAUUCAGCCAGAUUUUGCUGCUGCAUGGAUGAAUUUAGGUAUAGUUCAAAACAGCCUUAAAUACUUCGAAGAAGCUGAAAAAAGCUAUUUAACUGCAAUCAAGUACAGAAAGAAAUAUCCAGACUGUUACUAUAACCUUGGCCGCUUGUACGCAGACCUCAAUCGCCAUGUGGAUGCACUGAAUGCUUGGAGAAAUGCCACAUUUUUGAAACCAGAACACAGCUUGGCUUGGAACAAUAUGAUUAUAUUAAUGGAUAAUACAGGCAACUUGGCUAAAGCUGAAGCUAUUGGAAGAGAAGCCCUGAAAUUAUUACCAAACGACCACUCUAUAACCUUUUCUUUAGCAAAUGUAUUGGGAAAAGCACAAAAAUACAAGGAAUCUGAAAGUUUGUUCCUUAAAGCUAUUGAAGCCAACCCUUCAUCUGCAAGUUAUCACAAUAAUUUAGCUGUCCUUUACCAUCGCUGGGGAAAUCUGGACCUAGCCAAGAAACACUAUGAAAUCUCCAUGAAGCUUGACCCUUCUGCUCCAGGGACAAAGGAGAACUACGGUCUGUUGAAACGAAAGUUCGAACAACUGCAGAAGAAAGCCCGUGGGUGAGCCAUCCCACUCUGAAGCGGGAACAGCAACAAAUUACAGUUUCAGGCAACUGGUUUUGAACCAGCAUCUUACUAAAUCUGGGCCUGAUUCUGUGUAUUUCACUUACUAGUAAUAAUGUAGACUUCUUGGUACUCAACUUAUGGUACACUGAUUCAGAGGCCUAUUUAUUAUACUUUGUAAAAUUAAAUUCGCAUGUAAAACAAAAUGGAGGAGUUUGCUGUCCAAAUUCCAGAUUUUACGUCAUUAUUCUACGGAAGUUCCGGUGGAAGAAAAAACGUAUAAAAAACUCACGUCA